CCUCGACGCUAAAUUGACGACACUGCGUAUCCCACACGCUAAACAUCAUGCAUGCCCCCCGCCAAGUUAAUGUCGACGAUCAAGUGGCUGAGGUCUGGUCCAAGGACGCAGCUUCAGCCUUUCAAUUGGGGCUGCUCGUGGGCCAAGUAAGCUCCUCGAAUGUCGGAGAUUUUGUGCUGACCGCGGUGCCCAUUCCGUCCGAGAGUGAAAACGGCGAAGCCCCAACUGGACUUAGUGACGUGUCGGUCGACUGGGUCCAAGAAGUCGCUCAACAGGUAGAUCGCCUGCUACCUGGAGGCAUCAGCGUGCUGGGGCUCUACGUGGUUUCGGCUCGGGACGUAGCCUCGAAGGUAGUGCCGUACUUGCGAGCUACAGCGGAGGUGGUGGCGCUGUCUUCCGAUAUAUAUGUGGGUGACAAUGUCCACUACCUGGCACUUGUGUCCCCGAACGGUGACGCCACCUUCCAGAGCUUCUACGAUGUGGUGGAUGUCAACAAGACGCAAAUGCUUCCAGCCGAACGCAUGGCCCCGACGAAGAAUAUUGCAUUCAAACAGUAUCGAACACUGAUCGAUCUCGACGAACCCACUCCGUUCGUGAACAUCGCCCCAACUGCAGCCAUGACUGCAGUGGAGGUGGCUGAGAAGCGCAUGGACGAGAUCGAGAAGCAGCUCGAGCCAUUGUUUCGUCGCGUAGAAGAAUCCAUUGCUGUACCUAAGCUGACGGGCGACACAAGCGCUCAGCAUUUGAACUUGCUAACAUUGACACCUCCAGAGUCCCAGAAGCUUGUUGAAGAUCCUCUUGGUGGCAUCCACGGAGCUGUUAGCUGCGUCGCGUUCGUAUCCCAAAACGAACCUGAAGCAAGUGAGGUGGCAGCGAAAUACCUGAAGCAAGACUUUGUGAAGUCACUGCUGCUGCGUGUAGCGUUGGCUCGUGAAAGGUGGGCUGAGGAUGACGAAGUGGAGCCAAACGAAGUGUUCAAAGAAGGUGGUGUUAUUCGACUCGCUCAGCGUGGCCUGGUGCCGUGGCGCUCUGCUUUUGGAUCGAGCUCCCAUUUUGCGGCUACGGUUCAUGUUUUUCCUGAUGAAGACGCAGUAAAGGUUGUGAAGAACGCGCUAGAAAUCGUUGGAGGUGCGUCGAGCCAAGAUGCUGCUGCAUGGGCCGCGAUGGAGAUCGGCGGACAGCUUGGGUCUCGCAUGGAUCUUACUUUCGGCGUGACGGAGUCGGAGCAUUUCAAGUACGUUUACUAUCUGCUGCCUGUCGUCCUCGUCCUGCUCCUGCUUGUAGCCCAGUCCAUGAUGUAAGGACUUUUGCUUAAGCUUUUUUUUUUAUCAAAGACUUCGU